AUGAUCAUCGUCAUGGGCAUGCUCUCCUGGUUCGUCGACAAGUUUGUCGGCGCCAACGUCCUCACCCCGACCUCGAUCCUCAUCCUCUUCAUCGUCUCCGUCCUCGCCCUCGCCUGGGCCCUCUUCACCCUCUUCAGCUACCACCGCUCCUCGGCCAAUGCCUUCUUCGUCGCCGUCAUUGACAUCGCCAUUGUCGGCGCCCUCAUCGCCGGCAUCUACUACCUGCGCAACAUCCGCUUCGCCUCGUGCUCCGCGAAUCCGAGCGCGAGCCACCUGUGGACGAACCAACUCGGCGGCAACUUCAACGCCCUCAGCUGGAGCCCCUCGGGUCCCUGCAACAUGCUCAAGGCCGUCUGGGCGUUCUCCAUCAUGAACACAGUCUUCUUUGCCUGGACCGCCUUUGCCGCUUUCAUGCACGGCGACCACUUCAGCGCUGCCGACGAGCGUCGCACCAGGAAGCGUCACCACUCGAGCCGCCACAGCCAGCGUCACCGCAGCCGCUCCCGCUCCAACGGCUCGCACUACAGCCACCACAGCCACCACUCGCGCCGAGUCUACGUCUAG